GGCCUGGUCUCGUUUCGCCGACCUCUGUUUCUAUUCUGUCUUUCUGUUCGUUUUGGUGUUGCGCGCUCCGCACGCGAUUUCGUGACGUGCAUUUGUGAUCUCGUGCUCUCAUGGACACGCAUCCAUAACUGACUAUCUAUCAAUUCUACUCGUGGGGACAAUUUGCCAAUUUUAACUGUGAGAUUCGUCGCUUUUGAGCUAUAAUUUGGUUGCUAUUCGAGUCUGAGGAGAGGGUGUGAAGGGAGUGGAGAGAGUGGGAGUGGAGAGAGUGGGAGUGGAGAGAGUGGGAGUGGAGUUCCUUCGGAAUUAGAGUGGCCGUGGGUCGUGUUGUCGAUGAUAGCGUAACUUGUGGUUGAAGUCGUGGAUUAAAUUGGAAGUGGAGCCUGAAAUUGGUGAUCGAUUCGGGUUCGCAAUUGGCGGGAUACAUUUGGUAGGGUGACGGGGUUUCUGGUUUCUGGUUUCUGAUUUCUGUUUCUUUUUUUUCUUUUUUUUUUCCCUCCGUGGUCGGGUGUCAAUUUGCGACGUGGUGGCGUUUGUUUGGCUGAUUCGAGACGACGGGAGUUGCGUUGGAGUUUCGGGGGUUAUGAAUGUUUUGUUUGUUUCGGUCUGUGACCAGUGCGAGUUUUCGUGUAUAAAAAGUGGAGGUGAUUGAAGAGGAUGACUAUCGUCGUUGCCUGAAUCGGUCUUUUUUUUCCUGUUCUUGUAGUUCGUUUCGGUGUUGCGUCGUACGGAUAUCUUAGGAAUUCCUCGAGUGUGACGUGAUAUAUUCGGAGUUGAUAUUUUGUAACAGUGAGCGAUCUUCGCUUGGUCUUGGAUCUGGAAUUGGUGAUUGAUGCUUAAGAGAAGCAUUGAACCUCCAGAGUUGUAGACCAAACAGGGCAUUCUCGCUGGUUGGAUUUGUAGUGAGUGCUAUCGUGGUGGAUCAUUUCAGAGACCUGACUGGCUUAGGCUGGUUCGAUUCUAAAUAUUAUCUGGGGGAGAUUACAAGGUUAGGGAGUAGAAGCAAGUUGGAAAACGUUGCGGCCGCGGAUUGAAGAAUUUGGUCUAUACAAGAAUUCUGCCUAACGUGAUCACAGAAGCUCAUUGUGAUCCCACAUCAGUGGACAUCGUGGUUAAUGUUGGUGGUGCGCAGUUCCAGCUUUUGGCACAAUAUGUCGAUAAUUAGAGUUUGUUUUUUGUCCACCUUGUUUUCCUUGUUGGCUGCUUCCAGCUUGUGUAUGGAGCAGACCUUGGGGAUGAGAAUUGAGGGUUCGCACAUCGUGAUGAAAACUUCGUGUUCAAGCUUCUUCUUCAACAGCCAGGUCAACAAUGCCCAGGGAUGGAAGGUCAUCCCCGAAGAGUGUGAGGAUUUGGUGGCGCGUUACAUGAACAAUGGUCAAUACGCCGUGGAUAUGGAAGGUGUUGCUGUGGCUGUCUUGGACUAUCUUAAAGACAUUAUACCAGGGGAAGAUGGGAAAGAUGUAGUUAUCUUUGAUAUUGAUGAAACAGCUCUCUCCAAUCUACCCUACUAUAGAAAGCAUCGCUAUGGAGCGGAAGUUUUUGAUCAUCCAUUGUUUAGCAAGUGGGUGGAGGAGGGUGUAGCUCCUGCUAUUCCUGCCAUGCUAUCGCUGUACAAAGUACUCCAAGCUGAGAACUGGGGAAUCGUAUUCAUGACCGGAAGAACAGAGAGUCAACGAAACAUUACAAGUCAGAAUUUACUUGACGUGGGCUAUUCGGGGUGGACCACCUUGCUUCUCAGAUCUCCUGCUGAAGCUCAUACAUCUGCGGUGGAGUAUAAGACUCGAAAACGACUUCAGCUCCAACACGAAGGAUACCGCAUCUGGACUUCGUUGGGUGAUCAGUGGAGCGAUCUUGCAGGAGCUGCUGUUGGAAAUCGGACAUUCAAGCUUCCCAAUCCCAUGUACCAUAUACCGUAGAUAUCAGUGAAAAAAAUUCUUCUCUCUUGGUUCUUUUGUAAGUAGCAGGUCAAGGGCAUAUGUUCACCAGCAUUGCCUUUAGUUAGCCGUCUUGUAUGCUUGCCAUCCGUUCCCUACGCAAGGUGACGAUGAUUGAUAGCAUCAGAAAGAGCUAAACAAACUCACGAUGCAGCUCAAUCGUACACCAACCCUGCAGUUGCUCCGUACUCGCCGGUCAAUAUUUUUGUCACUGGCUUGUUAACGGAGUAAUUACGUCAUGAGCCUGGAGACCUGGUUCAUUUCAAUAAUAUCAGUAGCUGUUCAUAAUGUCAUCAAGGUACUUAGCGAGUUUAGAAGAAAUGUGGCACAAAGUGGUGCCAAUGAUGCUUACAAGACAGUUUAAUUGUACCAUGAAAUUCUUUGCAUCUCUAACCUCUGUAAGGAUGUCUUCAAUACAUGCAGGAAUAGCUAUUACAUACUCUA